UAACGAUGUCGUCUAAAGUGUGUCGCGAGGAUGCAUGUUGACCGUUCACAGGUUCGCGCGUCAGUUGCCUGCACUUACAUUAAUUAUUCGCGCCGUGGUCCUACAACUGUCUACUCCGAUUCUACGCGCGGACAGCAGCAUGAGCGAUAAGUCGCCGACGGCCACGUACCUAGGUCUAGACCUGAGCACGCAGCAGUUGAAAGCUGUGGUGGUUGACGAUAAUUUAGCCAUCCUUUACGAGACCAACUUACAAUUCGACAAUGAUCUACCGGAAUUUAGGACUUAUGGAGGGGUCAUACGAAAGAAGGAUGAAUCACAUGUCGUAGUAGUACCUCCUGUGAUGUGGGUUAAAGCCUUAGAUAUGAUACUGGACAAAUUACGCGUUUGCGGUGUCGAUUUUGGCAAAAUAGCAGCUAUUUCUGGCUGUGCGCAGCAACAUGGCACGGUUUACUGGGAUAAAGGCAGCCUGGAUCGAUUACGGUAUUUGGACCCGACAAAAUUCUUGCACGAACAAUUCGCUACGUCAUUUUCCGUGACUCAUUCGCCUGUAUGGCUGGAUUCCAGCACGUCAAAGGAAUGUAAUAUUUUGGAGGAGACAGUGGGUGGCCCUCACAAAUUAGCGGAAAUAACAGGUUCACGGGCGUACGAGAGAUUUUCGGGACCGCAGAUAGCGAAAAUAGCACGCACGAAGCCAGAUGCCUACUGCAACACUGAGAGGAUCUCCUUGGUGAGCAAUUUUAUCGCCUCCUUUUUUCUGGGCGAUUACGCGCCUAUCGAUUGGUCGGAUGGCUCGGGUAUGAAUCUGUUAAAUAUCCGUACAAAGGACUGGGACGAUACGUUAUUGGAGACUUGCGCAUCGGGGCUUAGAGAGAAAUUGGGCGAGCCUGUUUCAUCGUACAGCGAUAUCGGCCCUAUAUCAUCUUAUUUCGUGGAAAGAUUCGGCUUUAACGAAAAAUGUAAGAUAAUCGCGUUCACCGGGGAUAGUUCUUGCUCCUUCAUAGGUAUGAGGCUAAAAGAAGGUGAUAUCGCUUGCAGUUUGGGUACGACUGAUGCCUUAAUGCUAUGGUUAAACGAACCUAAAAUUAUAACAGACGGUAACAUAUUGUGCAAUCCAAUAGACGAUCAGGCUUACAUAGCGUUAAUUGGCUUUAAAAACGGUUCCUUGACACGUGAAAGGAUACGGGACGAUGUCGCGCAAGGUAGCUGGCAGAUAUUCAACGAAUUAUUAGAGAGUACACCGCGAGGAAAUCUCGGCAAUUUUGGUUUAUACUUUGAUAUGCAAGAGAUUCUACCUUUUGUCAUUGGAGAUUAUAGAUACAAUAAGGCCAAUGAUGAAAUCCCUCGAUAUAGUUCGAAGGAAGUGGAAGUCAGAGCGCUGAUCGAGGGUCAAUUUGUCGCAAAGAGAGCAUACGCUGAAGACUUUGGAAUUAUCAUCGGUGAGCAAUUCUCUGUAAAUUUCUUUUACAAUUUUAUUUUGCAAAAAUUUCCGAUAAUUUAUAUUUUUAAUCAAGGACCUAAUACACGGAUAAUUGCAACGGGAGGUGCUUCUGUAAAUAAAGCUAUACUGCAAGUGCUUUCAGAUGUCUUUAACUCGCCAGUAUAUAUCUCGAAAUCAGCUAAUUCGGCUAUGAUAGGUGCAGCGUAUCGAGCAAAACAUGGUUUAUUACAAAAAAACUGCAGUUUCGACGAAAUUACACGCUGUGUGCCAGAAUUGAUGCUGAUAUGCCAGCCUCACGAUGAUGCUGAAUCGGUUUAUAAACCAAUGACAAUACGUUAUCGUAAAAUUGUAUAUCAGAUAUUGAAGAAGAGAAGCGAAUAAAAAUCUGUUGUAUAAAGAAAAUGUUCUAAAAAAAUUUCUUAUGCGCGAUGAUUCUCAGGAUAAAUACAAAGCGAUAAAUUUAUACUAUUUAAGAAAAUUUUACUAAACAUAUUUUUAAUUUAUUAGAAUACUGAAAUUUAUAUAAUGUAUUUUAUGUAUCUUGGAGAAAAGUAUUUUAUAUACGAUUAUGUAACAAAUUCCCUUUUUGUAUUUUUUAAAUCUUAAAAAAUGGACCAAUUAUUUUAAUAUAUAGAACAAAUAUACAAGGAAAGAUGUAUACACAUUAAAAUACUUCAUAAAUUAUAUUUUGUAGUUGUAAAUAAUUAACGAAAUACUCAUGUUAGCUAAAUUGAAAAUAAAGAGUAAAUUCCAAA